AUGCCUUCCGGCGUCAGUUUCAUUGACGCAGCCUUGCUUGCUUUAUUCGUAUAUCUCCUUGGACGGCUCAUUGCGCGAUCGUCUCCGACGCGUCUGCCUCCUGGCCCCCGUGGGUUACCCCUCAUAGGGAACCUCCUGGAUCUGCCGAAGGACCAUGAGUGGGAGACGUUCACGCGUUGGGGGAGAGAUUUCGGAGACCUUUCCAUGGUGAGAGCGCUCGGAACGAACAUGCUGGUCAUCAACUCCUCCAAGAUCGCGGUCGACAUGCUAGAGAAAAAGUCAAACAUAUACAGUGAUCGCCCAUGGAUGAAAAUGGCCUGCGACCUCGUUGGACACAAGGGACAUUGCAUUUUCAGUCCGUACAACGAUCGACUGAGGCUUUUCCGGAAAAUGUUCCACGGCGUGCUCGCAGGCAAGGAGAAUCUGGACGCUCAUACAGCCAUCGAGGAACACGAAACGCACCGGUUUCUGUACCGCCUCUCGAGAAAUCCUGACGGUCUGCGAGAGGAGUUGCGCAGGUUGGCUGGCGCCAUCAUCCUCAAGGUGUGUCACGGUUACGAGCUCGUCGAAGAGGGAGACGACCCGAUGGUCGACCUUGUGGAGCGUGUUAUGAUCGAGUUCGGAGACGUGACCACCCCCGGGCACUACGUGGUGGAUAUCAUCCCCUGGCUUGCAUAUCUUCCCGGGUGGUUGCCCGGUAUGGGAUUUAAGAGGGCCGCGGUAGAGAUGCGCAAGGUUUUGUACGACGGGAAGGACAUGCCGAUUGCAUUCGUGAAGGAGCAAAUGGCUAAGGGAACAGCUAUGCGGUGCUUUACCUCAAAAUGCCUGGAAAAGGUCGCUGAAGGGAACGCUCCGUACAAUGAGGACAUGGUGGGGUGGGCAGGAGUCAAUAUAUAUGGAGGUGAGGCCAACUAUUCGUUCUUCCUUGCGAUGAUGCUGCACCCCGACGUUCAGAAGAAAGCACAGGAAGAGAUUGACCGUGUUGUUGGGCCGGACCGGCUACCGACUUUGGCGGAUCGAGAGCAUCUGCCGUACAUAAAUGCGCUCGUGAAGGAAACGAUGAGGUGGCAAGUGGUGCUGCCUCAAGCUCUUCCUCAUGUGCUUAGAGAGGACGAUAUCCAUGAAGGCUUCUUCAUUCCGAAGGGUACCAUAUGCAUCCCGAACGUCUGGGGUUUCCUCCACGAUCCAGCUACCUACCGUGAUCCGGAGAACUUCAACCCGUCCCGGUUCCUCGAGGCGGAGGGUAAACCUGCUGAAACAGACUCGCGCUUGUUCUGCUUCGGGUUCGGCCGCAGAAUAUGCCCAGGUCGUCAACUGGCCGAUGCGUCUAUUUUUCUCCAAUGCGCGAUGUCCCUCGCAGUUUUCAACAUUGACAAGCCUUUGGACAACUCGGGAACUGCCAUCGAGCCCGUACUGGAUCGUACGAGCGGGGUCGUUACACAUCCGACGCAUUUCGCGUGCACGAUCAAACCUCGCUCUGCACGGGCUGCCGGGCUGAUUCGGUCGUUCGAAGAUGCUCUUUGA